AUGCGUAUUGAAGAACUGGUGCUAGAGGGCUUCAAGUCAUAUCCUGUUCGAACUCAAAUCACAGGCUGGGACCCCUCCUUCAAUGCUAUCACGGGUCUUAAUGGCUCGGGCAAAUCCAACAUUCUGGACGCGAUAUGUUUUGUUCUUGGAAUUACAAACAUGUCAUCUAUGCGCGCGCAAAAUCAGCAAGACCUGAUCUACAAACGUGGUCAGGCGGGCGUCACCAAAGCUAGCGUCACCAUUGUCUUUGACAACUCGGAUCGCUCCACCAGUCCUGUCGGGUUUGAGAACUGCAAACAGGUCACUGUGACCCGGCAGAUUGCGUUGCCCAAUGUAUCAAAAUACCUUCUGAAUGGACAUAAGUCGCAGCAGCACAGUGUCCAGACACUCUUCCAAAGCGUGCAGUUGAACAUCAACAACCCGAACUUCUUGAUUAUGCAGGGGCGAAUCACCAAAGUCCUCAACAUGCGACCUCAGGAGAUCCUCGGCAUGGUAGAAGAAGCCGCCGGUACGCGAAUGUUCGAAGAACGAAAGGAGAAGGCGAAGAAGACAAUGGGCAAAAAGGAGAAGCGUGUGCAAGAAAUUACUGCCCUCCUUGUUGAAGAAAUUGAACCUAAGCUCGAUACGCUCCGCGAGGAGAAACGCUCUUUCCUCCAGUGGCAGAAGGCUUGCGCAGAGCUCGAGCGCAUCGGACGUGUCCUGCGCGCCUGGGAGUGGACCGAGAGCCGCGAGCGCGUAACGAAGAAGGACGCGGAAAUCCAAGCGAAGGACAAGGAAACCGACAAGUUGCGGAAGGGCAAGGAGAAGUGCACUAAGGAGAUCGCAGCCGCGGAAAAGAAUGCAAAGGAGGUAGAAGCGCAGCGGGAGAACGAGCUGAGGAAGGGCGGCAAGUUCAAGAAGUUGGAGGAUGAAGUGGCUGAGCUGGAGAAAGUGCUUGUCAAGAUCAAGACGCAGGUAGAGAUCAAGAAUGGCACUAUCUCAGACGACGAAGAAAAGGUGAAAAUUCUGAAGACUGAGCUGGCAGAGCUUGAAGAGGCCCUCACGCGGAAGCGCACGCAGGUAGAGGAGCUUACGGCGUCCCACGGUGCUGUCAAGGAAAAGCAUACUGCUUUGCAGACUGCAAUGACGAAUGCAGAAGAACUUCUUCAGACGUUGCUCACUGGUCUUUCGUCGUCUGGCGCCAGCAAUACAGGCGGUGGCUACAUGGGCCAACUUGCCGACGCCAAGGCACGUCUAGCGCAAGCGAACACAGAGGAGGAACAGAGUAGGCAAAAGCUCGCUAUGAACCAGAAAGAGCUCAAGGCACUCGAAGCACGCUGGAAAGAGGUGGAACGGGAGGCUAGCGAGGGUCAAAAACGGUUACAAGCCAUGCGAGCCGAAGUCCAAGCGUUCAAGAACAAUGUCGCUCAGUCAGGAUGGAGCGCCGAGAAGGACCAGGAGGAUGAGGUCGCUCGGCGAAAUGCAAAGGCUGAAGUGCGGCGGCUAACUGAGCAACGGGAUUUCAUCAAGCAGCGGCUGUCGUCUUUGGACUUCGAUUAUGCAUCGCCACACCCAAACUUCGACCGCAGGAGUGUGAAGGGUCUUGUCGCUUCCCUCAUCUCACUUGACCAAGCAGAUUACAACAAAUCAACCGCGUUAGAGAUCACCGCUGGUGGUAGGCUGUACAAUGUAGUUGUCGAGACGGAACAGGUGGGGAAAGACCUCCUCAAGAACGGUCGCCUCAAGAAGCGAGUGACGAUUAUCCCGCUCAAUAAGAUCGACGCAUUCAAGAUCUCUGCGCAGAAACUCGCGGCUGCCACAAAGCUCGCCCCUGGCAAAGUUCGCCUUGCCCUGUCCCUGGUCGGGUAUCCUGAAGAAGUGGCGAACGCUAUGACAUUCGUGUUCGGCAACACCCUCAUCUGCGACGAUGCCGAAUCUGCAAAGCUUGUCACUUUUUCGCCGCAGGUAGGCGGUGUCCGAUCCGUCACACUCGACGGCGAUAUCUACGACCCCUCCGGCACUCUUAGUGGAGGCUCUGCACCCAGUAGCAGUGGUGUUCUCGUCAAAGUGCAGGAGUUGCUAGAGGCUGAGAGGAAAUUGGGCGAGGCACGAGGCCGACUUGAAAUGCUAGAGCGAGAAGAGGAGCGAGGCAGAGUGGAGAGAGAGAAGUGGAAGAAGCUAGCCAGAGAGCUUGAGAUCAAGGAGCAUGAAAUGCAUCUGCUCGAAGAGCAGGUGGGCGGGAGCAAUGCGACAAGGGUUGGCGCCGACAUAGAGAAGACAAGGCAGAUGAUUGCCGAUCUCACAACCACGGUCAAUCUCGCAAAGCAGAAGCAGAAGGAUGCUCAGGCAGAGAUCAAGAAGCUCGAGAAAGAUAUGGCCGAGUUUAAGGACAACAAGGAAGGCAAGAUCGAUGAGCUAAAGGCCGAUGUCUCGAGGCAGAAAGCAGCUCUGCAAAAGCACUCUGUCGUGGUUAAGACCCAACAAAAGGAGCUUCAAACGGCUACCCUUGAACUCGAGCAAGUUGAGAAGGAUAUCGAAUCCGCUGACGGGAAUCUUGCCGAGGCGCGAGCUGGUGUCGACAAAUUGCGGAAGGACCUCAGUAAACUCACGGCUCAAUUGGCUAGCAGCGAGGCGGCAUACGCGAAGGCAGAGAAGAAAUUGCAGGAAGAGCGAGCAACCCUAACUCGAUUUGACAACGAGCUCAAAGAGCUCGAAGUAGUCAUCAAGGAGAAGAAGCAGGCUAUCUCUGAUGCCGAUCUGCAGAUGAAGAAACUCGAUCAUGAUAUCCAGACGCUGAACAAGGAGAAGGCUGCUGCAGUAAACUUUGUCGCUAAUCUGGAGAAGCAGUACGAGUGGAUUCUUGAGGAACAUGAACACUUUGGCAAGCCAGGCUCGCAGUAUGACUUUACAGCCGUGGACAUAGGCCGACUCAAGGAGAAGGCGAAGGAGCUAGAGGCACAACAGAAGGGUAUGAAGAAGAAAGUAAAUCCUAAGGUCAUCAACAUGAUCGAUACUGUUGAAAAGAAAGAGGCAGCUCUGAAGAAGAUGUUAGGAACUGUUCUCAAGGACAAGGAAAAAAUCGAACAGACAAUAGAAGAACUCGAUCGCUAUAAGCGCGACGCGUUGGAGAAGACUUGGACAAAGGUCAAUGGAGACUUUGGGGGGAUUUUCGCCGAAUUGCUGCCCGGCAACUUUGCUAAGUUGCAGCCUCCCGAGGGCCAGGACCUCAUGCAAGGACUCGAGGUCAAAGUGCAGCUCGGAUCUGUCUGGAAGCAAAGUCUGACAGAGCUAAGCGGAGGUCAACGGUCCCUCAUCGCCCUCUCUCUCAUCAUGUCACUCCUGCAAUUCAAGCCUGCACCCAUGUACAUUUUGGACGAGAUCGAUGCUGCGUUAGAUCUUUCACAUACUCAACACAUUGGGCAGCUAUUCCGCACACGAUUCAAAGGCUCUCAGUUCAUUGUAGUCUCCCUGAAGGAGGGCCUAUUCACUAACGCCAACGUGCUCUUCCGUACAAGGUUCCGCGAUGGCACUUCAAUCGUCGAGCGCACAGCACAGCGUUCUGCCUCGUCUCUAUAUACUAACACCGAGAAGGAGAACGAAGAGACGGAGACACGUAAUCCGCGAAGAACAAGGAUCGCGCAUUCAUGA